GCACGACGAACGUUCAGCUGGUUUGGUUGCGUUGCGUCGCGACGCUCCGCGGAGUCGCGAGUGCGCCCUACGUUUCCAUUCUUUCUUUCUCUCUCGCGCGUCUCCUUCUCUUCCCCGCGCGCACUUGCCACCGGUUUCCCGGCUGAACGCGUUCAUCAUUCCACCCCCGACCAAGCGAGAACCCCCGCCACCCCCGUCGACAGAAAACUCGAAGCAACAGGACGCGAUUGCGCCAAACGAGAGCUGAAAGUCCCCGUGCAAUUUCGGUUGCACAAGCGGGAGCGACAUGGGACUUUUGUCCGACAGGAAAUUAACCGAUCGCCGAGAGAGAACGCCGCGCGAGUAAAUCGUACCGAUUUCCGGGGAGAGAAGGGUGCGCGAGUACGACUAUCGCAACAGAAAGUGCAAAAAGGCGCGAAAAACGGAAGAGGAUCGCGCGUACUGAGACGAUCCGCGAUCGAUCUUCGCCACGCGCGUGUCCGCGCGUUUGCGCGUGUGCGAUCGAUCGGUAAUCGAUCUCGAUCGCGGUCGCUGCGUCAAGACGCGGAAGUUGUUUUUAAUUCGUCACGAGAAGCUGAAGAGAGGAUAAGAGAGCAAGCAAGCGGUCAAGGGAACGAGAAAAGGAGGAACAGGAGGAAGAAUAGGAGCAAGUUGAUGGACUCGAUAGUGCUGUGAAACCAUCCGGUGAUGCGUAAUCGAACAACUUCCCAAACGGAGGCUGCCGCUACUGUUACUACCCUCGGCGUCGUUCCCGCGGACGAGCUGGUACGGAGAUCGUCGAUCGAUUUCUACGGGCGAAGGGGUGGCGAGCGCGGAUCCCGGCUUCCUCGGCCUGCCGGGACAAUCGCAUGCUUAAGCCAAUACUGGGCCAUCACGAAGCCGUUGCAAUACGGGGUGAAGAGGACACCGCGCCGGAUGGUCAUCUACGUCAGCUUUGUUUGGUUAGGAGCGGCCUGCAUUAGCCUGCCACCCCUGCUGAUAAUAGGAAACGAGCACACCGACUCCGAAACCGGGCCCUCGCACUGCUCCGUCUGCCAGAACUUUUUCUACCAAAUCUACGCGACUCUCGGCAGCUUCUACAUACCGCUGAUCGUUAUGAUUCAGGUGUACUACAAAAUAUUCUGCGCUGCGCGCAAGAUCGUGCUGGAGGAGAUACGAGCGCAACUUCACCUGGAGGUGCACUGCCAUCUCGACAUGGAGCCGCCGGCCGCGCAGCAUCCGGCCGCGCCCGCAGCAAAUCGUCAAUUAAAUUCCUCCGAUCUGCAGACGAGCCAGGGCAGCCCGCCGGUGAAGCAGCACAGAAGUUCCAGCGCGUCCACCACGUUUGAAUGUACCGUACUGAAUAAAGGAAAAGUUACGAGCGCUUUGUCGGAUGGAGUUCAGAGAGACGAAAGAAAUUUUCUCUUGGAAACCUUUCAGCACGGAACGCGGAUCAGAUCAAAGGUACGCGCCGACACGCCGGAUAAUUUGACAGUGUGCAGCAGCCACGCAGUCCGGUGUUUCGCUGGUGGACCUCGCAGGAGCAACGAGUCGCAGUGCCCGAUGCUGCAGAGAAUAGAGAAGCCCGUGUUGUCGACGGCGACGACACCGUCAAUGACGUCGUCGACGAUGAAACACACGACGACAACGCUCGUGCGCAACCACUUGAACAGCACGUGCAGUGUCACCAACUCGCCGCACCAGAAGAAGCUACGCUUCCACUUGGCGAAGGAGCGGAAGGCCAGCACGACUCUCGGCAUCAUCAUGGGUGCAUUCGUCAGUUGCUGGCUGCCGUUCUUCGUGCUGGCGCUGGUCAGGCCGUUCCUAAACGACCCGGACGCUAUCCCAGAUUUCUUGUCGGGUCUAUUCCUCUGGCUUGGCUACUGCAACAGCCUGCUGAACCCGAUCAUCUACGCGAUUCUCAACAAGGACUUCCGCAAGCCGUUUCGUGAGAUACUGUUCUUCCGCUGCGGCAACCUCAACCACAUGAUGCGCGAGGAGUUCUACCAGAGUCAGUACGGCGAUCCGGUUAACAACUACGAGAUCAAAGCUGGCGCCGGCGGCGGCUACGGCGGCGCGGAAAGUGGCGAGAGCGCGGAACACUACGACGAUAAUAAUCAGGGCGUCGUCGAAUCGGUUGACAUCGCCAACACGCCGAACGAGAGCUUCCUAUGAUCCGCGGAGCGUGCCUCGAUCAUCGAGGACCGUAAUAUUCGACGGAGGCAGCCGUCAUGCUGCAUCGAACCGCUCCACGUCGCCGUCGGUCUUGCCAGCUCGCCCAACGAGAUUCUUUUGUGAUCGAUCGCGAUCAACGAGGAUCGCGACGGUGAUUCCGCGUCACGUCGCCCCGACGUCGGGCCGACAACAGGACGAUUUUUAUCCCGCGACCGUGCGAUGAGCUAUGCGUCGCCUCUCUUUGUCUCUCGGGAGGUCCUCCUGUGAUCCGAUCAAUGGAAUUGGACCAUAAGUGAUCUCAGCGCCGACCAAAGAGACCAAUCGAGAGACAGUUGUCAGUCGCGCCGAGAUAAAUUCGAGACGCGCGUAAGGACUCACAAGUUGAAUAGGGAACAUGCGGAAAGAGCGAUUUUCGCUCGCGAAUAAUUUACCUUCCCAAUCCUGUCGGUGAGAACUUGAAUCGAUCGACUCGGCUUCAUUCGCCUUGGGGGAUGAUUGAAGAGCUUAUUUCUAAAUCUGAAACCCAUAUUUUUGAAAAGAGAUUCGUACGUGUGGGAAACGUACCCGUAGAGAGCUCGUAAUGAGCAAACACACGGUACUCGUGUAAAAGAAAGAAGGAUCUGAUGACUCAGAAAUAAGCUGUUCAGUUAGAAUACGAGAGUGCGCGAAAAUCGUCAUCGUCGAGACCAUUUUAAACGACCUAUAAAAUUGUACUUAUGAUUUUACACGUGGUGUACUCUCUGAUGUGCGUGUGUACACUUUGUUGUGUACUUUAUUCCGUGUACAUGUGUAUUCUGGUUUGUGAAAUAUGUUUUGUAUUACACAUGAUUUUUGCAAUAAUCUUUAUAUGUGAUUUUCUGAACAAGAUUACGGAAAGUCUCAAGAUACACGAGAUUGACUCGAGAGAAAAAUGACAGACACGUAACGAAACAAAGUCCUUCGUUCUACGAUUUCUUGACCCGUAAGUAAUUACGACGUAACGUGCAGCUGUUCGACAGAAUCGUCGAAAUCCGCUGUUCUCACAUCAGCGGGUGGAGGAAAAAAGGUCAUUAACGUCAGGCAAACGUGAGCUCUGCAAGUAAAUAACGCGCAAUAAAUCGCAAGAAUUAAUUGCCGCGCGAAUCGUUGCUACAUCUCGAAAAAGAACCCGUUGUGCGAUCGGAAUUGUCGAGAAGAGUGCGUUCUCUCUCUUUCACUUUCCUGUUCUCUCUAACAGAGCGAUAAAGAUUUAUGACCCGAAAAUCGCGGCCACACAGUAUAACGGUUAUGCGAAUCGUCAGCUAUAAAAGAUAUCACAUAAAUUUCAGCGACAAACAUAUUGAUGUCAGCUGUCGAUGGGAAUUCUAUUUGUAUUGCACGCGUCCCGAUUAUUUAUUAGUUUAUUUACUCCGAGCGGAACAACUAGACAAAUUCUUCAAGUAAAAAUGAUGGGAAGAUUAUAAUUGCGAGUUGCAACAUGAGCUUUCUAUUCGAUCUCAUUUUGUUCUUCUAUCCAAGUACAUUGAAAAUGCUAUACGGGUGUAUAUAGCAUUUGCGGGUACUUUGUGUUUAUUGAAAAACACUGGAUCAGCUAACUUAAGAGUAAAAACCAUCAAUUAAUUACGAGAUGUAAUAAACGAUCGAGAAGGUAUACGUGCGUAAAACAACCCUCGAAGCAAAGGUAACAGACAAUCCUAUAAACGCAGAGGUGGAGGAGUUGAUUGACUCGUAUAAACAUUGCACAAGUUGGACAAACGAUCACGCAAACAAUCGCAUCGCGCGAGACAAUCAGAUGAGAAGGAAGACCGAAACGUGUCCCGGCAACUCUGAUUUUAUUCUCUAUGGAGACGCCAACGAAACUACGACGACGACCACGAGGGUAGCGAGAUUGAAUUUUCUACAUUGUCAUCGUUGCUGGCGUCGAUAACCGAUGCUUCGGACUUCGGUCAGAGUGGGACGAGAAAAAGAAAAGAUACAGGGAGAGUUUGCGAGCGGUGUACAUUCGUCACGGCGCUGUCCGCUGGCGAAAUAAAAGCUCCACGAGGAAAGUUGCAUUAAAACUCGCGGAAGAGCGAGUCCUCCCGAGGAAGUCCGCGAGGAUUGUUUGCGGCAAUCAAUUUAUCCGUUGGCUCAGAAAAUGCAGCAAUCGGUUACUCUAUUGGCUUACCAUACCGAGCUACACUAGCGGCUCCGCAAGUCCACACAAAGCCGCUAAUGCACUUCGAUUCCUUUGUGGCGGUCUGAUUUCGUUAAGCGGAAACGUAUCUUUCGGCAUUUUACGGCAGGGAGUUAAGCGAGAACGCGCAGCGACAACAAUCACGAAUCGCUGCCGAGAAAGCGGCACGUAGAGGAACGAGGUCGCAUUUUCUCAGCGUUCCCUCGAUACCUCGAAACGUAUCCAGCAAAAGCAAUAACCGGUAAAGCGAUCAGACCGACGGAACACAAUUGCGUGCUGUACGCUACCGAAAUGUUCCUCUAGAAUGGUCUCUAUAGUCUAUCCCCGGAGGGAUAGACGCGAUCGAUAAGUUCACGAUGCGCAAUUAAUUUCAUGCCAAUCAAGGAGGCACGAGUCGAUGUCUAAUCUCAAAAUAGAUUCUGCAACCCGCACGUUUCAUUCACGCGUUCUCCUUGAGCACUCGGAAACGAAAGUUAACAAGCUCACGGCCGUUGAUGCGAAAAAUGAGAAAAUGGGCUCUCCAUUCCUAUCCACGUUCCGAACAAUCGACUACUUCGCAAGUUCGGAAAGUCCAUCGCGCCGCGCAAUAUGUUUACCCUAUUUCGGUGGCUACAGCCGAUUCCACGCGUGGUGGUUGGCCGAGAGGGUGAGGCCGCGGGAGUGGCGGAUUCCUUUGAAAACAUUGAUCCAAGUUAUGCGGAGCGACAAGGUGCCGAAGCGAAUGCUCGGGAUGCAUUUAAGCGGAAUACGGGGUAACUCCCGCUGAAGCAUGCACCGUAACAAACGCGCGAGUACGCGAGCGGGCGGAUAGCGCGCAGAUGGCUGGCGAGGCUGUCUCGCGUGUGAGCAAGAGACGGCAACAAUGAAAUUUGCAAGACAUUAGGAGCAGUUAGAGCUAGUUUGAUUUUGAUUGAGGUCGAAUCAAGUCCUGAAAUCUCCGACGCAAAAUCUCAGGUCGAACGUCUCGCGCUCGGCUCGCGCUCAGCUCGAACGAGCGCGCGCGAAUCAGUCGGCUCACGAUAAAUUCGAGACUCGCGUAAUCACGACCGUGCGGCACGCGAGUGGUUUCGUGAUAAUCGGCCUGCAUGAUCGCCGGGAUAAGCCAAGGCCAAUAUCGAAAUUGCACACGGGCAAUUCCGAGGGAAGGAACGAAGGAUGGUUUCGCGGAGGGCAGGUCACUAUCAAAAUUCGAUCGGUCAAUCGAUCGGGUAUCUUUCGCGACGAGUCUAUCAAAGCAGAGUCUUUCCUGAUGCUCUCAUUUUCGGAUCCCUGUCAAGAGGAUCGAACUCAUCAUUUUGGUCGAUAUUGAUAAUCGUGGUGCGUUAAAUCCACCGAAUCAUCUCAAGAAGUUCUGAGUUUGUUUGCUUUAAGACGUGAUCUGUCAAAUUUCUAAUCUAUGAACGUGUCGUUAUAUUUAGACUCGUUUAGGAAAUGGGAAACUCGAACAAUCUUCCUACGAGACCUACGAAGAAAGAAAAAGUACCUAAAUUGACUCGCAAAACUAAUCGAGUGUUUUGAAAAUUGCAAAAUGUUACUUUGUGAAAAGAUUUUGUGGGAUUUUCAAAAUAUCCGAUCAAUUUCGUGAGUAAUUGUAUACAACGCGUCUGUACGCUCUCUCUCUACACACAGCAAUGUUCCGCCGUACGUAAAAUAUAAGUAUAAAUAAUAUAGAUAUAUCGUAACAUAUAUAUACUUUUGGUGCUAAAGCAAAUCUUUCCAACUAACGGCAAUAGAUAUACGUAAUGAGAUAACUUUAAUCACGUAUAAACCAUGUUCCGAGCGUGAUACGUACGUACUAUACAUUCCAUUGCUCAUAAUCCAGCGUCAUUUCCAAUCACGUGAGAGGAAUUUAUCACUAGCUAGACAAUCCUAAAUGUUUGUUAAACGAACUAUUUGUAUGUAACGUAAAUCAAAAGUGUAUUAAAGGAACAAAAUAUUGAGGAGAUUGAGAUAUAGGAUUAUCAUAAUUUCGGAGAAUUGUCGGUGGAACUCUUAAUUCUUUUUGCAUUUCAAAUCAAAGCUAUUAGUUUUAAUUAUAUUAAAUAUUUAAUUGUACAAUUUAUACGAAUUCUGAUUAAGUACGAUUCUAUGUUUAAAUUAUUCAUAUACUUUAAUUGUAGAAUCAGUAUUUUAAUUAGAAUUAAUUCGCGGUACGAAUGUAACAUUCGUAUUAAAAUUGACACCAAAAUGCGGUUUGAAAAAAGGAACAGAAACAAUACACCGCUAAAGCGCUGAAUCACUUUUUCAGCACUACAAUAGCGAGCAAUUUAUACCAAUCGCGCGUUAAUUAGCACAGACGCAAAUAAAUCUUCAUACAAUAACGUGCUUUUGUUGCUUGUUGGUCGCUUUGUUUUCAGGCGACAGAAUCGAAAAGAACAGCGCGGAAAAGCGCAGCGCGGCGAGACUAUAUCGCGCGAAAGGGGUUAAUGCGAUUAAGGGAUCGACCGACAAAAAAGAAGAAAAGAGAAAAAAGUCCGUAUACGUGCAUGCGAGAUGCGCACGAGUUGGUAUCACCGGGAGAAUUUAUUUGUUCACUGAGAAAUGUUCGAUGUACAUAAUUCAUCACGUUGUAGCGCCGUCAUCGUCAAGAAAACAUGUGUGUACAAUCAUCGCGAAUGUCACGAGAUUUCACGAGAGAGAAGUGCGAGGUAAAUAACGACGCACGAGACGUUUCCUCCGUGAAAACUCGUUACGCGAAUAGUGUCACAGUAUAUAUAUAUAUAUAUAUAUAUAUACACACAUACAUACACAUAUAUAUAUAUGUAUGUAUAUUUAUAUGUAUAUAGAUAUAUAUAUAUACAUAUAUAUGAAAGCGGCAAUCUCACACAAAGAUAUAUACAUCAUCGAUGUCGUCAUCUAGCCAAUAUGAUGUUUUAGGGGUAAAUGUGUAAGCGCGUUAACACGUUGAACGCAAGAACGAGUGUUAAAAGAUCGUUUUGUGAACUUUGCUCAUGACGGUAAUUCACAAUAACAAAAA